GGUGGCCAGUCGCCAGAAGUCUCUAAUCACUGUUGUAGUCGGUAUUCUGUUGUUGCAUUGCCGCCAUUGAUAUUCGAUGUUUAUCUGUUUCGCCUUUGCCGUCCAUUCUCAAGUAUCUGUCUAGUGUACCCCGCGCAGAAUAAACACACAAAAACACGUUCCAGAAGCUGCUGUAUUUCGUCUGCGGAUUUUUACCAAAUGGGCAACCAUCGUUCCUUUUAGCACUAUUAGCAGUCGUUCUGAGUCCCUACCCGAAGUUCCAUAGAACAGAAGGUCAAACAAGGUCUGUGAAAAAUUCGUCUCAUGGUCUCAACACGAUUACAAUUUACAUUUUAUGAUGUACUUAGUGAAGAGAAUAACUGAUUUGGAAAAGAAGAGUUUUAUAUAAAUACAAAUAUAAGAAAAUUAUAGGAAAUAAUAACUAAAUAAACAUGAAGUCAGCUGAAUCAAUGAGAACAAUGUUGUAUUCUUUUAUUAAUUAUGAACCAUAUGUCUCCUUAGAAAAAAUUACGAUUCCUUUAUGGUUGGAAAAUAAACUGAAAUAUGAAAAUAUUACAAAUAGAGUACCUAAACAUGUGAAAUUAAAAACUGAAGAAACAGAGGAACUUACAAGUGGAGAACCUAGUCGUAAAAAAAUUAAAACUGAAGAUACAGAGUUUGAAAUUCCAAAGUUAAUACUGUCAAAGGAUGGCAAUACAUUUAAAUCAAAACUUAAAUAUUCAAAAUUACAGCUAUUACAAAAUUCUAAUUUAAAAUCACUACCUGAACCAUUGAAUACAAACAAUGAAGCCAAACCUUUAAACGAUGAAAAACUAAUAAUAAUGAACCACAAAAAGGAAGAGACCACAGAAAUCAAGAAAUCAGUAACACAUAAUAGCUUAUUAUUUGGUAAAAUCAAAGUACGCAAUGUACAUACAAUAAAUGCCAAUUUUUCUGAAAUUGGUAGUAACAUUGAGUAUUUUGGUAAGGAAAAAUUAGAUGUUUCCCAAACUAAUGCACCUUUUGUUUUUCCAUCACUAGGAACCAAGAAAUUAACAUUGCUAUGUUUUGAACAAUUACAUAAAAAAUACUUCAAUAAAACUGUACAAGAUACUUUGGUUAUUAAUAACAACAUAUUAUUUAUGAACAUGCUGACAAAUAUGCAUUGUAUAUCACGAGUAAAUUGGAUAUUAAGUUGGAAAGACAAACAUGUUAUGGCUCAGAAAGUUCAUCAACUGACAGUCCUGUACAUUAAUUAUUUUGAAAAACUCGAUAAAAUGUUACAAACAAAUUUUAUUGAUUUAAUAUCAAUUUUUGAAGAUUCUGACUAUGAACACGGAUUUUUAAUGAUUAUUUUAAGCUUAUUCAUUGGUCUUAAAAUGUUCGGUAGUAAUAUAUUUCAGAAAAGUAAUGUUUUACUGACAAAACUUAAAAAAUUACAGUGGGAAGUUAUUAAAGAUAAAAAUGUUGAUCAUAAUAAAAUUCAAACAACUUUGGAAUCAGAUACAUUUUGCUCGUGUUAUUAUAAAAUAUCAGAAUUAAUAGGAGAAGGCUCUCAUACAGAUCCCAAUAUAAUUGAAUGUUGGAAGUUAUUGUUUAUACCGGCUGUACUUAAAUUUACUUAUUUUCAUUCAGUAGCUGAUGCAAUUAUCAAUGCUACAGAUAUUGAUAAAUUAGAAGGUUUAUUAGAAGAGGCAUCAAAUAGAGUACGUCAACAUCCUUCUUCAUCAAAUGAAACUGAAAUCGAAAAUUUAAUUGCAUUGGUGAAUAAUUCUGCUCAUAAAAAUAUCAAUAGCAAUCAUGAAAUAACCCAACCAAGUACCAGUAAAUUAACUACAGUUGAAAAUUCUGGAUCUGUGUCAAUUCUAAAUGUAAAUACUCCACAUGUUGUUCAUAAAAGAUCUUUAAGAAUCAAAGAAUCAACUACAACAAUGCCAAAUCACAAGUCAAAAGCUUGUGGUAUCAAAAAUACUUCAACUACAGUUCCUGAAAAUAUUGAAAAUUCUAAAGACUGGUUCAAAAAUCCAUUUCCUAUUCAAAAUCAAAAUAAAAUAACUUCAAAAUCUCAAGAUUUGAAAACGCAGUACGAAGAUUAUUCUAAUACACAUUUAACAAGCAUACCUUCGUUAUCAAUUGCUGACCGUGUGAAAUUACGUAAAACAAGAAAUACUUUAACCGCUGUGUCUACAACAUCUAAAGACUUGGGCAAAAAACUUGGAUCAAUUAAAAACGAAUACAUAUACACUCCUAUUGUUCAUACAAGAAUUUCAAGAUCCUCAAAAUUGAAUACAAAUUGUAAUAAUCCUCCAAAAAAACGUUUAAAAAAAAUACAUGUACCUAACACGGUUAAAGUUCAUGAUUCUAAAAAUAUUUCAACUACAGUACCUUUAAAACCUAAUGACUCGUUGAAAAUACCCUUUUCAAUUAAAAAUGAAAAUUCAUCUAUUCCACAUGUAUUCUAUACAGAAGAAAAUGGACUUUAUAAGAACUCUUCAACUUUUACAAAUAUAGCUACAACAUCAAUACUAAAACAUGAAAAAGUUGGUCAAGUUAAAAAUUGCUCUACUAAAUUUUCAACAAAUAUUUGUUUAAAUAAAACAGUAGAUUCUACUAUUAAAACAGUUAACGUACAGCAUGGAUUAAAUGGAAACCAAAUGAUCAAAAUGCCAAAAGAGCCAUCUGUUAAAAUUAUAUCCAAGACAACGAGCAGCCACAAUAACGGGUUCAAUAAUGCCAAGUAACUAUUGUAGAAAAUCCAGAAAUAAUUAUAAUUUUUACUCGAAGAUCAUCUAUCAGGUUUAUUACUUUAAAUAUUAAUUUUAAAUUGUAUGUACAUUUUGUUUUUUGUUAGAAGUUAAAUUGUUAUAAAACUAACAAACAAUAGAUGGUUGUAAUUUGUAAAGUAGAUUUAUUGUUCAGAUAGCUAUGGUUCCGUAUGCAGUGUAUCUGUGAACUUAAGAUAAGGUCAAUCAAAUUUAAAAUAAUUGAAACCAAUUUGAUUCAAAAAUAACUUAUAAAUUGAAUAGUUUUUAAUAAUACAAUAAUAUUUUAAAUAUCACUAUGGGGUGCCUGUAAAGAUUAGAUGUAAAAAUCUAAUAUAUAGGUUAGGUUAGGUUAUACAUAAAAAAAUAUAUAAACUGUCAGACUUAUAAUUAUUGUAAUUAUCAGUAAACAGUAGGAAACUAUUAAUUUUUAAAUAAUCGACUGUUACUCUUCCAGUUUUACAUCAAACUGUAAUUCUAGUUAAGCACAUUUAUAACAUUUAAAGAAAAGAGAAAUCCAUAUCUUUAUAGUGUAUAAGUCUAAUUUUUUCGUAAAAGUUAUAUCGUAAAAAAUCUAAUAUUACUAUUAUUAUUUACAACCUUCUCAGUUGUUUUUCGAAUGAAAGUGUUUCUAUAAUAUGAUCUGGUUAUCAUGCAACAAUUUGUUCAUUGUUAUGCACUCGAAUAGGAUGUCUUAUAAACAUAGGCGUACAUUUGUAUAGCCCUCUUCCCCUUUAUAUUUUUUAAAACUUUUCAAAAAAUUUCAGGUUUUUAAUUAGAGAAAAUUUUAAAAUGUACUACAUAAUUUCUAAACAAGAUAUCCGAUGUGUAUGUGUUACGUAAACAUUUAAAGUUCAUGCAUGAAUUUUCUUUUAUAAAUUUAUAAUAAAAAAUUAGAAUGAUUGAGCUAUGUUAAUAUUUUAUUAUUUUAUAACGAAAAAGAUAACAUGUUAUGUAUUCACCAUGACAAAAUAGAUUUCUAGAAAUGAUCUAUGCGACGUACGAUGUAUUUAG